AUGGCGCAGCUCGAGGCGGCGGCGAGCGGCCUGUACGGCGCCGAGCUCGUCCUGAGCGACGAGGACGAGGACGAGGACGAGGCGCUUGUGGCGCUGCGGCUCGUCCUCCCGGACGAGGUCGGCACGUCGCUCGCGCGGUACUACAUCCACGUCGUCGGCCUGUUUGCCUCGACGCCGUUCGACGCCGCCGUCGCGAGCUUUGCGCAGCUCGCGCUCGACGCGCUCGAGGCCGAGGGCGUCAAGGACGAGGUCGCCGAGAUGGACCUGUGGACCAAGCUCUUCCGGAGCUUCGCCGCGCUCGGCCAGUACGACCUCGCCUACCAGGUCGUCAUGAGCGUGCCCUACCACGAGACGCAGAUGACGUGCCUCGCGCACCUGAUCUCGGUCGUGUGCGAGAACGGCGCCGCCGCGCUCCUGACGACCUACUCGUUCUCGGGCCUCGAGGCCGAGCUCGAGCGCAACCUGUCGUUCCGGGCGCGCAACUCGGACCCGCUCGCGCAGCCCAACUACUACAAGGUCCUGUACGCCUACCACGUCGCCAAAGGCGACUUCCGCAGCGCCGGCACGGUCAUGUUCCAGCAGGGUCGCCGCCUCGGCGAGCUCGGGGCUCGCCAGGGCUCGUUCCACGACAUCGUCAAGCUCCAGUGUCAGAGCUACCUCGCCGCCACCAACGCGCUCGCGCUCGUCGCCAAGGACCACGCGUGGAUCGCCGUCAUGUCGAGCGACGAUGGCGAGCGGGGCAACAAGCGUCGCAAGGUGGCGCAGCUCAUCCCCGAGGACGAGUACGACCCGGCCGUCGCGUCGCGCCCGCUCGAAGUGCUCGAGCUCACCGACGUGCGCAAGGAGUACUGCCUCGCGCUCGCGCGCCUGCAGCUCGCCGACGAGUUCCCCGAACUCGAGCGUACCAGCUUCCACCUCGAGCCCGAAUCGGUCGUCACCCUCUUCUCGCAGCUCGCCAGCUUCGACCAAGCUUUCCAGGCGGGCCGCAUCCUCAACGUCGACCUGUCGUCGCUCUUCGAGGCGGUCACCGAGCGCUGCGUCACGCUCGCGCUCCACGGCGACAGCGUCGAGGAUGCGGCAUGGGUCGUCCAGUCGGAGGAGGCGGCGACGUGGGAGGGCACCUUGUCGGCCAAGGCGUGGCGGCUCCUCGAGCGGCACCUCGCACGGCACGACGACCCGGUCACGUUCCGCUACCGCCUCGUCUCGCUCGAGCGCACCCUCGCGACCAACCGAGGCGCCAAGCCGCCGUCGUUCCUCACCGACUACCUCAAGGACCACGACCUGCCGGCGCUGCUGCGGGCCCUCAUCAAGUACGACCGCCUCGACGACGCUUUCACGUUCAGCCUCAAGGCGAUCAAGUCCUCGUCGACGACGGCGACGCAGUUCAGCACCUCGUCGCCGUACUCGAUCUACGACCAACUGCUCGCCAUCCCGGCCGGCGACACGGCGUCGCUGUCGGACGACGUGCUCAAGCAGCGGCAGCAGGAGCUGAGGGCGGCGCUCGACGUGCGGUGGGCCGCGCUCGAGAAGGCGGACAAGGCGUUGCCGAGGAAGGACUGAGAGGGUUCGGGCGCGCUGUAACUCUGAGCGAACGCUGUGUGCUGUG